UGUAUAACAUACUUAUCAUGGCAGAUUGUAAAUAGCCUUUGUUGUAAAUUGGUACAAAGUACAAGGAAAUCAGUCAGGGUGGGGCCAGGUUAGUUUCAGGUUGUUGUUUUUUGAACUGAUCUCACAUUUAGAAAUAUACAUAUACAGAACACUAACAUGUAAAAAUAAAAAAAACACAACAAGUGCUGCAGUUUCUCUAUCUUUUGCACAAAGAUUGGACCUUCAUCCGAAGGACACACCGACUGUCAACCCUUUUUGCAGUCACGUGACGGGGAACCAACAGACUGCUGAGAAGUAACGCAGUAUUAAUUCGAUUUCCUGAAAGGCUGGUUUUGCAGUUUCAUUUACAGCGAAGCAAUAACGUAGAAGUUGUGACACACUUAUUCUCAAACGAUCAGAUACCCGGCGGCAGCAGACUUACUCAGGUGUACACAGGUUGAUGAAGAUGGCAGGAAACGCCGUGACCUGCUGUGUAGCUCUGCUCCUCGUCCUGACCUCCGUGUCAGCUGGACAGACGAAGCUUAAAUCAAUCACCGGUUUGAAGAAAAUCAACUUUGCUCAAUCCGUGCCCAAGCACAGUCUUUUGCUGCUCUACUGGUUUGCCAACGCUGUUGACAUCGAUGCCAACAACAUCAUAUCGCUGACCUUUGACCCAAACGCUGGGGAUUAUGGCUCACAUCAUUAUGGGAACUAUGAAGGACUGCUGGACCCGCUGCCUUGGGGAAACGAAUACCAGUACUACACUAUUGGUAAUCUCAACCAGGAAACCUUCGUGCCACUUCCUCCUUAUGUUCGCCAUCCCCCGGCAACGGAGUACUUCGGUAGAAACAGGGACAGAAUCAUAAUUCGCAUCAGGAGGCAGAACACUCAAGGGCAAGAUCUGCAGAGGAUAGACCAGGUCUACAUCACACAGCAUUAUGACACUUCGGAGAACCCGGGAACCCUGUAUGAUCCACAUCACACCUACAGGAUCACCGUCAACUUCUUGAGAGAGAUCAGACAGUUUUCCGUUGGACAAAACCGACAGCAACUGGGGCAACUCAGAAACGACUUUGGAAGCAACGCUGACGUUUCCUCCAUCAGAAACACAUGGGGGGACCUCGCUGGCCUUGGACUGCUGCUGUUUAUCGUGAUCCAGGAAAAGUACUCCUUCAAAAGUCCCAACAACAGACCGAAAACCAUGAGAAGUCCUGAAAGCAAUUUUUCAAGAAGCAACACCAACAUCCCGAGACCUAUUCGAAACCAAGGUUAUGUUGCAAUAGAUGUCAGUAGCGAUGAGGACCAAAAUCAUAGCUUUGUGACCAUGAACAUAGAAUCAGGCUUUGACAAUAACUCUCCUCCCCAGGACAGCUGGUGCAAAUGGAUUAGCAUUUGCUCUAUUGUCAUUGUUUUAAUUAUAUUACUUGUUUUUUUGUUUAAAAAAAUGAUAUGAGAAAACGUGUCAAUAAUAAAAAAGGAAAAAUAAGUCCUAAUAAUGUAAUAAUCAGGAUAAUUUAUAAGCAGGGGAGCAGUGGACAUUAGUUUAGGUUGCAUAGAGGUGGCCUUACAGAAGGUGCAUGCUUAUGUCCACAAUAUUGCAGUUAGUAUUCCACCGUGUCCCGUGAGUCAGUAGUUAGAAUAAGGUAAAAUUAAUAUUUGUGAAUUGUAUAAAUAUCCGGUGAAUUUGAUAAGAAAAGGAUAUUUGAACCGAGCAAAAUGCAUUUUAUUGUAUAUUAUAAUGCUUAAGCCAAGCCACAUAGUCAUGCUAAAGCAUGUCAAAUCGAGCAGUAAUAACUCACUGAUGAUUAAUUAUAUGUCUGAUAGGGAUGAAACAAAUGUAUAUUGCACUGAUAAAAGGAUUUUUUUAAUGCUUAUAUGUUACAAAUUGUUGAUCUGAUAUAUUGUUGCGUGCAUUCGUCCAUAUUCUAUGUUGUAGUAUAUUAGCUUAUUUUGUAAAUGUUGUUUUGAGUAUUCUUUGCUGAAAUUGUUUAUUAUAGUUAAGUCAGACUGAU